AUGAACGCUGUUCUGGCCACCCUUUCCCAGACCAACGCGCUCAUACAACAGCAAAACGACAUGAUCAGGGCGCUCGAGCAAAAACGCCGAUCUAAGACUCCCAUAGGUCACAAGCAUCGCUCUCAACGCGGCGUGAUUCCCAAAAAACGCCCUCGAUCUCCCUCCCCCAGGGAGAACGCUGGUCCAUCCUCCAAGAAAGGGUCAAGCGACCACCGAUCCCGACACCGGUCACCGUCUCCUCGACCAAAAAAGAGAUCCCGGUCACCCCCGACAGGGCACAACGAUAACCGGAGGCGACACAGGUGGAGUCGGAGCCACUCUUCCACUCCUUCCGCCAGCGACGACGACGAAGAGCGCAGAGGCUCUCUUUCCCACUCAAUAUUGGAAGCGCCCCUACCGGCCGGUCUUGAAAAACCCCCGCCAUUAGGCACAUACGACGGGACCACCGAUCCGGACGAACACAUAGAGAACAUCGACGCCACUUCUCGACUACAGAGGAGUGCCCGGUGCCAUCAAAUGCCGUUUGUUCCCUACCACCCUGCGCAAAGGAGCCAUGACUUGGUAUAA